UGAGGAGGAAGGGAGAGGCAGGGACUCUGGGAGGGGGGCGAAGUAGGGGCCGGCGAAAGCCGGUGCCCGGGCAGUGCCGCCGAAAGAGGCCUCCCAGACGCAGGCGUACACAGGAGGCGAGGCGGGAGCUCAGGCGCGGCACCUCAGUCACCACAUCCCCCACUUCGGUCCCACUGUGAGACUCUCCUCCUCUGUCUUUAUGUUACCUAGAGAGCCCCCUCUCCGCAGGUUCAGCGGGAAGAACUGUGUCUUCAGUGCUGCUGAAAGAAAAAUCAACUAUGAUGAACAUGGGGAAGAAGAUUGGCGUUUGUCCUGGCCUUGUGUGUGAGCAUACUAGCGAUGGUUCCAGGAACACAGCAGUCUGAAGUCUUCAGUAUUUAAAAUGCACAUGCCUGAGAGAUGAAAGUGAGCUUCAUCACUUGUAAGAAGAACAGCAUUUGCAGGAACAUUUUGAAGGAUAUCGUCACAGCAUGACAAGCGAACUUCCCAGUCGUGUUCGUGCAGUUUCUGAGCAAUCAUUAAUUUGUAUGGAUGGAACUUCAGAACAGUGUGUAGAAUUCUUCUGACUGCUCGAUCAUACAAUCCCAAGGCAGAAGCAUGUUUACGAGUUGAACGUGUAGGAGACUGAGUAACAGAAAGUCUCACAGCUUGAACACUUUCUGGAGUUCGAGCGCUUCGAGGUCUUCCAGGUAAUUCAUGGCAGGGGACGUGGAAGGGUUUAGUUCCUCUAUUCAUGACACCAGCGUUUCUGCUGGGUUCAGAACACUGUAUGAAGAGGGAUUACUUCUUGAUGUCACUCUUGUUAUUGAAGAUCACCAAUUUCAGGCUCAUAAAGCAUUGCUUGCCACCCAAAGUGAUUACUUCAGGAUUAUGUUCACUGCUGAUAUGAGGGAGCGAGAUCAAAAUAAAAUCCACUUGAAAGGUCUAACUGCCACAGGCUUCAGUCAUGUUCUCCAAUUCAUGUACUAUGGAACCAUUGAACUAAGUAUGACCACUGUUCAUGAGAUCCUCCAGGCUGCCAUGUACGUCCAGCUUAUUGAGGUGGUUAAGUUCUGCUGCUCCUUUCUCUUAGCAAAAAUCUGCUUGGAAAACUGUGCAGAAAUUAUGAGACUAUUAGAUGACUUUGGUGUGAACAUCGAGGGAGUCAGAGAAAAGCUGGAUUCCUUUUUGUUAGAAAACUUUGUGCCUCUCAUGGCCAGACCUGACUUCUUGUCCUAUCUGAGUUUUGAAAAGCUUAUGACUUACUUGGACAAUGAUCAUCUGAGCAGGUUCCCAGAGAUAGAGCUCUACGAGGCUGUUCAGGCUUGGCUGCGGCAUGAUAGAAGACGCUGGAGACAUACCGACACCAUCAUUCAGAACAUCAGGUUUUGUUUGAUGACACCAUCCAGUGUUUUUGAAAAGGUGAAAACAUCGGAAUUUUAUCGUUAUUCCCGGCAGUUGAGGCAUGAGGUGGAGCAAGCUAUGAAUUACUUCCAUAGUGUGCACCAGCAGCCUUUGAUGGAAAUGAAAUCAAAUCGCAUUCGUUCUGCCAAACCCCAGACUGCAGUAUUUAGAGGAAUGAUAGGACACAGCAUGGUAAAUAGUAAAAUCCUCCUGCUGCACAAGCCAAGGGUAUGGUGGGAGCUAGAAGGCCCACAAGUACCUUUACGACCAGACUGCCUUGCUAUUGUUAAUAACUUUGUGUUCCUAUUGGGUGGGGAAGAGCUGGGGCCAGAUGGUGAAUUUCAUGCUUCCUCCAAAGUGUUCAGAUAUGAUCCAAGACAAAACUCUUGGCUGCGAAUGUCAGACAUGUCUGUACCACGUUCAGAAUUUGCCGUUGGUGUUAUUGGAAGGUACAUUUAUGCAGUGGCUGGGAGGACAAGAGAUGAGACAUUUUAUUCAACAGAGCGAUAUGAUAUCACAGACGAUAAGUGGGAGUUUGUGGAUCCCUACCCAGUAAAUAAGUAUGGACAUGAAGGAACUGUUCUUGGUAACAAAUUGUACAUCACUGGUGGAAUAACAUCCUCUUCCACAUCAAAGCAGGUUUGUGUGUUUGACCCCAGUAAAGAAGGGACUGUUGAACAGCGAACAAGGAGGACUCAAGUGGUCACUAAUUGUUGGGAAAACAAAUGCAAAAUGAAUUAUGCAAGAUGUUUUCACAAGAUGAUUUCUUAUAAUGGCAAGCUUUAUGUAUUUGGAGGGGUCUGUGUAAUCCUUAGGGCCUCUUUUGAGUCUCAAGGAUGCCCUUCCACAGAGGUUUAUGAUCCAGAUGCUGAUCAAUGGACUAUUUUGGCUUCUAUGCCAAUUGGCAGAAGUGGCCAUGGUGUAGCUGUGUUGGACAAACAGAUAAUGGUUCUUGGUGGCCUUUGUUAUAAUGGGCACUACAGUGAUUCAAUUCUUACUUUUGACCCUGAAGAUAAUAAAUGGAAAGAAGAUGAAUACCCAAGAAUGCCCUGCAAGCUAGAUGGUUUACAAGUUUGUAGUCUACACUUUCCUGAGUAUGUGCUAGAACACGUUAGACGUUGCAGCUAAAAAAAGAUCCCAAAACUAUUUAUAGCAUUGCAGGAUGGGGAAAGGGAAAGUGGAUUUAAGUUCACUAAACAUAUGGACCUUUGUAAUACUUCUCUUAAAUUAAUAAAGAUUAAAAUGUGUACAGGGAA